UUGUGGUUUGACAGAUCCGUGAUUAUGCACAAAAAAAGUAUAAAAUUUAGCUGAAUUUAGCAGCUAAUAGAAAUUUUACGGUACUUUUAGGAAAAUUGUGAUACAGAGACAAGAUGGGAUCCUUGACCAGCAGACAAAAUGCAGGCGUCGAGGAAGUUGACAUUGUUUCGAAUCACGCAUACAAAUACCCUCCCCGUUCUGGCAGCUACUUUGGCAGUCACUUUAUAAUGGGAGGUGAGAGGUUCGACACACCUCAACCAGAAGCGUAUUUAUUUGGUGAAAAUGCCGAUUUAAAUUUUCUAGGAAGUCGUCCAACUCCCUUUCCUUAUCCCCCGCCUCAAGCCAACGAUCCCACGAAAACUCUGAAAAGUUUAGUUUACAUAAGAAAAGAAUCUCUGAGACUCGUUCGCAGUGUCGACACUGCAGCAACAUCUCAGCAAGCUGAUAUUAAACAUUUCGGCGAUGGCGAUAUCGACAAAAAACCUAUGCGCUUCAAUAUUGAAUUCACGUUUGACUGCGACGUCAGAUGUGCCAUCACGGUAUAUUAUUUUUGCACGGAAGAAGUUACAUCGAAAGGAGUCAUAUACGUAUCUCGAGAUCCUUCUUUAAACUCGGAUACUUAUCAUUAUAAGAAAGGAGCCAAUCAACAAUUUUGCCAAACUUCUCACGUUUUUGAUCCAACUUUGUACACCGAUGAAGAAAUGUUGUACAACACGGAUCGUGAAAUCAUUCCAAUUGCAAUUCAUUGUGUGGCUGAAGAAGGUUCUGAUGAUCCUAAACAAUCUCACACAACAAUAGCAGUAGUCGAAAAACAUUCGGACGGGUCUUAUGUUUUAAAGGCCCUGAAACAAAAAUUAUUCGUUGAUGGCCUCUGCUAUCUAUUACAAGAAAUUUAUGGAAUCGAGAAUAAAAAUACCGAGGACGCUAAGCAAGGAAGUGACGAAGAUACAGAAGACAAUGGUUCUGAAUGCGUGAUAUGCAUGUGUGAUGUCCGAGACACAUUAAUUUUACCUUGUAGGCAUUUAUGUUUAUGUAACGGAUGCGCGGAUUCACUUAGGUAUCAAGCAAAUAAUUGUCCGAUUUGUCGAGCUCCCUUCAGAGCCCUUUUGCAAAUCAAGGCACUUCAAAAAGCAUCCGGUUCGAUUAUAACGAACCCACCUUUACCAGAGGGAAGCUGUGAGAAUAUUCCAUCAGGUUACGAAGCCGUUUCACUAAUUGAAGCUUUAAACGGACCCUAUACACCAAGAGCAACCGUUCUUCCCUCAGAAUCUCCAGAUACUCCAGACACUGACACAGCGAGUGCGAUUCAAGCAGCAGAAGUUCUGAAUCGAUCAGCAGAGCGGACUCCAGUCUCAAAACACGUAGCAGCCAAAGACGCGGAUAGUUCGCCCAGGUCGAGCGGAACACCAUGUCCGACUCCUGAAUUCCGGAUGUCUGUUUUGUUGGCGAAGGGCGGAGAGAAUUCGGGAUCGCAGAAGGAUCUUCACAAUCGUUCACCCGUUGUCAGAGCCAAACUUACGGGACACUCUCGCGACAAAUCGAAUCUCAGGACGAGAGAUACUUUAAGACUUGUUAAUGAGAAGCAGCCAGUUUCGCUCUAUGAGGGACAAGGACAAGACGAGGACAGUGAAGCUGAAAAACUCUCUCCGCUUCUGGACGCUGCAACUAGUACGGAAACUUUGGACACUCAUAAUCGUCGAAUUUGCGAUAUGGACAUUGACGACGAAAUGCAGAAUGGAGAAAACGGAAAUGGAGAUAUCUCAUGUCACUCGCAUUAAAUAAUUACCGAUUCCAUGUCGACUAGAAGAAUGUGAUUUUAAAUUCGCGAAGUUUAAAUUUGACAAAUUUGAAAUUCGGCAGGAAAAAUUUAGGCGUUUUUUUUCUUUUUCUUAAUUUUUAAUUUGAAAAUUCUUUUCGAAACUUUAAAUCGUUCAUUGAUACUCUCUAUUAUCUACGACGUUAAUUAUUCCUCGUUCUAGAGCGACGUACAUUUCUAUAUUAUAAUUAAAAAUUAUGCCUUUAAUAAUGUAAGAAAAAGACCCGGAGAUGAAUUUUGUAAUUUUCGUUGGUAGAGUUUCGGACUAUUUAGGUGCAGCUUCUACACGAAUUUUUUUUUUAUAUUAUUAACUAAUUAAGAAUAGGAGUGUAUAUUUCGUAGGCAUUUAGAAAAACUUGGAUAUCUAAUAUUUUAUUGUUAUUUUAAUAUUUAUCGAAUUAAUG